AUGCCGGGCCAGAGGAAGGGAAAGGCCGGGAGUCGGGGACGCGGGCGCCCGGAGAGCGCAGAGGCGACCGACGGCGGUUCCGGCUCAACUCUUGCUGGAAGCUGUGCGUUUUGUAGUUGGCCCGGUUUCUUUCUUUUUUUUGGGGGGGGGGGACUGCUCAUUUCCCUCACCCGCCGCUGCCCGCUUCCCUGCUUCGCAAACUCCAGGCUUCCCCGUCACCACUCAGUUUUGCUAAUUUCCAGAGACGCCUUUAAACCUGGCAGGAGAGUCCUCCCACCCCGCUCCGUCACCCCCGGGUCCCCCACCCUCGCCUCCCGCUGCGCCCCGCGCGGAGUUCUGACCCCGUCUCCCCGGGGUGCGGCGGGGCGGCCCCGAGGACCGGGGGAAGUGGGGCCGCUCGGUGGGUGCAGCGCCGGAGCCGAGGCCCGGAGGGACUGGCGUGCACGGUUCUCCCUGCCGGCCGCGGGCGCCGUCGCUGAACUCCGGGAACUACCAGAAGUUCAAGUUUGCAGGACGCAGCGGAAAGGGACCCUCCGCCCGCAUCCCGCCGGCCCGCCCGGGGGAGCCGCCGCCCGGCUCCGAGGGAUCCCGCCGGACCUGCCCCUUCCUUCCUCCCUCUGCGGCUCACUCUGCCCUGCUGGCCGCCGGUCCUGGAUCGCCGGCUUCCCAUUUCCGCCGGACCCGGCUCCUCUCCACUCACUUUACCAUCCCGUGCCAGGCUGGCGACUUCGCUGCUGAGCUGAAACUGCUAAUUUCUGUGACCAGCUUUUUUCUUAGCUGUGAUCUGGAUGAAUGAGUAGCUGUCUCACAGAGAUGACAAAAAUAAACUCUAAUCCCCCCCAAAAUUUCCACUACAUCUUUCUCAUGCAUAGAUUUAUGAUCUUCAAGCGCUCUGUGCAAUAUGCAAACUUUUUUUUGUGUCUGUAUAUCUGCUGUUGUUUCCAGAUUUCACUACAUUGGUAUGCUGCUUUCCCUUCCGCCCCCCUUCCCCCUCACACCAGGAGAUGCAGAAACUGUCUGAUCUCAAAGUGUGCUCAGAUGCCACUUUAUCCUGUCUUGGUAUUUGGGGUUUGGGGUUACCUUUGGGGCUUAAGUGUGCAGACUGGGGGUGGGGGAGGUAGAGCUGAUAGGCAGAAGGAGGAGGACAGUCCUUGGCUUCACAUUUGUUUCCUUGCACUAUUCAAGCUUCAUGGUCUUGUUUAGAGACAUUUUAUCUAUCAUUUUGCCUGGUUGAAACAAACGAACAAACACCUUUGGAGUUCUCUGCCAGCUCAUCAACAGAGAAGAAUUCAGAAAUCACAUUUUUUAGGUUGAAAGAUUAUCAGAUUGUCAGAUUUGUAUUUCAAUUACGAGUGAGUCCUUGAUUUACAGGAGCUGGAAUCAAGUUCCUGGAAACCCAGCUGCGAUUUUACAAAUGUAACCUUUCAACUUUGGAGUCCACCUGAAAUAGAAGGGCAAUCACAGAGUGUUCACAUUUUGACUCUGCUUAGCAUGCGAAAUGGACCUCAGCGUGUUUCUGGGAUUUUAGCUGUGCCAGAGAUUCAUGUGCAUUUUGGUAGAGGACAUGUUCUCCAGACUUAUCUCAUGAUGUAUUAUGCCCUUACAUUUAUAGCCCUGCAUUUCAGUUGUCACUGGGGCUUGGAGGUGUCCAAGAAAGGGAGAAAAGAAAGCAGAAAAAGAAAGAAUUAUCAAAAUUAUUCAUCGGUGAAUCUGCAUUUAAACUACGCAUGGUGGAAAGAUUCUGAAGCUAUCACCACCGAGCAGACCAGUAGAGCUGCCAUUAGCACCGAGCGGUCUUGUCAGCCUUAAACGUGGCAGAGAUCCAGGGAUAUCAAUGGCUCCAGGUGCUCCUGACCCUCUCCUGGACUGGAUGAAUUGAAGAUUAUCUUUAGUGCAAUUCUAGAAGUGUUUUGUGGCUUAACAUGUAGGAGUAGCCACACUGAAACUUUAUUUUCCUCACUCUUGACUUUUCUGAUUCAGAUUUGUGAGUCAUCACUGAAUUGUAUAAACAUCAGAGCCUGGCCUCCCUGCAUUUCUUUUAGUUAGUGAAUGUUACUGACAUGUGGGCUGACCUUUAAGAUUGCUGUCAUUGUGGAAUGGUUAGAUAAAGGGAUCAUUCCUUUUAUAGACGGAAUGAAACCGAGUGACAAAGCAUCACAUAGUUUUCUCUAUGUCAGAGACUGGCAAAAUCCAGAUACGAUUAAAGAGAUUUUAGUUUUUUGUUUUGUUUUGUUUUGAAUCUUGGAUAGAUGUGACCAGAGAUAUCGCAUAGUUAUCAGCAUCAAGCUUAUUAAAGAGCAAACUUGAAAUAACAAUAAAAGACAAGAAAUUGUUCUAUUGGUUAACAAUCAAAA